AUGCGGAAGGCAAACAGCUCAAGAGAAGAUUCAAAAUGGUCAACUCUAGAUAGAAACAUACUUGCCACUAUCUUCGAUAAGCUUGACAUGAUGGACAUUACCAUGGGAGCUUCACGUGUAUGCAUCCAUUGGUUCCUUGUCUCUCACAACAAAUUACUGUGGGAAACCAUCGACCUCACGAGGCUCAAACACAAGGGAAAAAAUGUCCUCUACAAAUACCGGGUCGACAAAGAAGCCCUAAGCUUUAGUAAUCUUUCAAUUAAGAUGAGCCGGUUCUUCUUUAACUUUCGUAGAGUAAAACGCAUAAAACUCAAGAAUCUAAUUGUUGAGAUCACUAAGUUGAGCCGCACGGCUCCACGUAAUGUGUUCUUUAACUUUAAUUCCUAUUUACAAAAGGAGGAUCUCAUGUUUGUUGCUGAGAGGAUGCCAAACAUAGAGAAACUUGCUUUACCAGUUCCAUUGUCACUGCGUAAUGAGAAGAACUCAUUUAGGUUUGCGUUUAGUCAGUGGAAGAAUCUUAAAACACUGGUCAUGGCUUAUAAUGAAUUUACCUGGUUCUCAUUCGAGAUUCGAAUUGUGGGAGAGAGCUGCAGUAACCUCAACAACUUGAAACUUAUGGGUGAUUUGGGAAACGACGAUGCUGAAACAAUCGUACAUUACCUCCAGAGCCUCACUAGGUUGAGUUUGCGAUGCUCUUUGAUCGAUGUUGAAGGAGUUCUCCUGCUAAUCAGAGGUCUUCGAAACCUCGCUAUCCUUAACUUGACACAUUGCGUAAUCUUGGGCUGGUAUCUUAUGAUAAAUGAUGUUGUACAAGCUGCCACUCAGAAGCUUGACAAACUUAUCACAUGUGCAGAAGAUGAUUGUUCAGUUUGCGAAGAUCGACCUUCCGGGGAGCAUAAUUUUUACAGGAAGAAUUGGCGAAACGACGAGAUAAAAGAACUUGAAUUCUGA